UUGUUAGAUUUGAAGAAUAUCAGCGAACAUGCUAAAAAUGUUUCGCAUUUCAAACAAUCAAAACACCAGCCGCUUAUUCAGGUAGGGUUUUUCUUUAUUUUGAAAAGAGUUUGAAUAUUUCAUUUCAAAAAACAUUUCAGGGACAAGUUACAAAAGAAGCAGCUAUUCAAACUCAUGCAGCAUUACAUAUUCAUUUAACGCCGGAAAAAGAGAAAAAGUAAGCUUUUCAACAAUUAUUAAUUCAGAAAUCUCGUUUUUUUUCAGAAUCCGUGAUAUGUAUGAUCGAUUGGAUACUGAUAAUGAUGGCGUAAUUGAUAUUAGAGAUUUAACGCAAGCACUUGCAUUAGAAACUCCGCAUAUUCCAACAAAACUUGCUCCAAAAUUAAUGGCACGUAUGAAAACUGGAGAAUCUGAUAGUGUUACUAUUGGCGAUUUUACGAAUUAUGUUUUGGAACAUGAAGCUAGAUUAGCUGAAGUUUUCUCUGAAAUUGAUCGGAAUCGUGAUGGACUUGUCGAUGUUGUUGAAAUCAAAUCAUAUUGUGAUACAUUAGGAGUGAAGUUAGAUGAUCAGAAUGCUCUAAAAAUUGUAAAACAGUGAGUUUUUCUGCAUCGUUUUGUAGAUUUUUAAUAUAUGAUGUUCAGGAUGGAUCAAACUGGUUCAGCGUCAGUUAAUUUGCUAGAAUUUCAAGAUUUCAUGCUUCUAUAUCCAUCUUCAGAUCUGCGAGAAAUGGUGGAUUUUUGGAGGCACAAUCUAGUGAGUCGAGAAUUAUUGUUCGUAAGAAUCUAAUUCCAUUCUCCUUUUUAGAUCAUUGAUAUUGGAGAGGAUGGUCAAGUGCCUGAAGAUUUCACACCACAAGAAUUGAAAUCUGGUGUUUGGUGGAGACAUUUGGUAGCUGGGGGUGUUGCUGGAGCAGUUUCAAGGACAUGUACAGCGCCAUUUGACAGAAUCAAAGUUUACCUGCAGGUGAGUAUUUUGUUUUGAAUUUCAAUUUUUUUUGGAGAAUUGAAAAAAUGAAAGAAAUUGGAAUGUCUGGUACGUUGCUACUUUCAAUUCCACAAUCUUUUUAAUAAAAUCCCCAUUGGGUGGUGCAUCGAUGGAAGAAAGAUUUUUCAAUGAGGCCCCCCUGUUCUCAUUUUUGAAAUGUCGCAAUUACAAAGCCAUCAUUUUCGAACCAAAUUUCAAGAUUUUAGUCUUAAAUUGAUUGAAAUGUAUUUAGUCAGCAUCGUUUGAAUACUGUCUUCGAAAAAUAUUAUUUUUUUGAUCAACUUUUUUUGUUCAAAAAUUUGUAAAUCUGGAAGCUCUUCCAGUUUUACAAAUCCAUCAUUAUCGAGCCGAAUUUCAAGAUUUUAGUCUUUUGCUUAAUUUUGAUCCAAGCCAGAGACAAGUUCAGAUUCUACUUGAUAACAUCAUAUAUUCAGAAGUUAGCCCAUCUCAAUGUCACAUUUCAGGUAAAUUCCACCAAGCAAAAUAAAAUGGGAGUACUUCAAUGCGUUCAUCUUCUGCACGCCGAGGGAGGAAUUCGAUCUUUUUGGCGAGGAAAUGGUAUCAAUGUUGUGAAAAUUGCUCCUGAAUCUGCUAUCAAAUUUAUGAGUUACGACCAGGUACGAAAAAAUAAUAUCUAAAUCAAACUUAUAUAUAACUUCUCCAGAUCAAACGAUUGAUGCAACAACAUAAAGGAGGAGAAGAGCUGACGACAAUUGAGAGACUUCUAGCCGGAUCAUCUGGUAGGAUUUUGAACUAAUAUUUUUGAAAUACGUCAGGAAAAAAAAUAUUUCUGUUGUUUCAGCGGGAGCAAUUUCACAGACGGCAAUUUAUCCGAUGGAAGUUAUGAAAACUCGUCUUGCGCUCAGAAGAACUGGUCAACUUGAUAAGGGAAUGUUUCAUUUUGCUCACAAAAUGUAUACAAAAGAGGGUAUCAAAUGUUUUUAUAAGGUAAUUUUCAUAAAUUAUAUAUGUUAUUCAAUUAUGAAACGGUUUAGGGUUACGUUCCAAAUUUGCUCGGAAUCAUUCCUUAUGCUGGAAUUGAUCUUACUGUUUAUGAAACGCUCAAAUCGAUGUACACACAAUAUUAUACGGUGAGAAUUUAUUGAUUUUUGUCAAUGUUUUAUUGAUGAAAAAUAACAUUUGUGCAAGACAAAUGAAAAUAAUUGGCUGAUGAUGCAAUUUAGAGCAAUGCAAAAUUCAAUUAAAAGAACCCAUGUUCAAAGGUUCACAAAUUUUUGGAAUUCAAACAUUUUUCUUAAUCUCAAAAAAAAACAAAUUUUACCUUCAGGAUGUUCAAGAACCGGGUGUAUUAGCAUUAUUGGCGUGUGGUACGUGUAGUUCAACUUGUGGACAAUUGGCAAGUUAUCCAUUGGCUCUUGUUCGAACAAGAUUACAAGCUCGCGCAAUUUCGCCAAAUUCCAAUCAACCGGAUACAAUGGUUGGACAAUUCCAACAUAUUUUGAAAAAUGAAGGUUUUACUGGGUUAUAUAGAGGAAUUACGCCGAAUUUUAUGAAGGUUGGUUUCUAUUGUUAUUUUCAAGUCUAUAAAAAUCAAAUGAAAAUGUUUAUUUUCAGGUAAUUCCUGCGGUUAGCAUUUCAUAUGUAGUUUACGAAAAAACAAGAAAACAUCUUGGUGCCUCAAUGUCUUAA